AUGGAUGCCGCCCGCUUCGCGGCUCCGGGUGCGAACGCCGCGGGCCCCUCCCAGCCACCGCAGCGCCAGCCAGCCAAGAAGCGUGCCCGUAACAGCCCCGACGGCCCCGGCCGGACAGCGACGGGGACAACAGGCGCCGGCGACCUGUCCAAAGUCCGAGCCUUUGCCGCAUGCCGCGCCUGCCGGCAGAAGAAGGUCAAGUGCCUGCCCGGGCCGUCGUCGGGCGUGAACGGCAACGCCGCGUGCCAGCAGUGCAUCAUGUCCGGCGCCGAGUGCGAAUACCAGCCGACGCGCGACCGCGCAGCCUACUCGCGUGCAUACGUGCAGGACCUUUCCGGUCGUGUGCAGCAGCUCGAGGCGCUGCAGAGCCGCUUGCUCCCGCUCCUGAAUGCCUUUGAGGGAGGCAAGCUCGAGAAUCUCGUCACGGCCAAGACCGAGCCGAGGUCCAUGAGCGACGACGAGCGCGACAUGAGCGGCGACUCGCGUCCCCACUCGCCACGCGGAGACGACGAUGACGACGAGGGACGCCGCUACACGCAGGACGACCGCGGAAACUUCCGCUGGAUCGGCCCCUCGAACACACUCUCCCUCCUCGACUCUUUCGACCAGGAAGUCAAGGCCCAGCCGUCUCGCGUUACGUACCGUCCCGUUCACGACUCGACGCGCGCCUCGUCCCCUGCAGACUCGGCACACCCGUACUUCGGCCCUGUCGCUGGUGCGGGCGUCAUUCGCGCGCUUCCCGGCGUCGAGGAGGUCACGUUCCCGCCAAGGGCCGAGGCCGAGGCAAUGGUCGACGCUUACUUUGCCGAGGUCCACCCCGUUCUGCCCGUGUUACUCGAGCCCGACUUCAGGCGCCGGUUGAACCGCGCGCUCGACUGCGCUGAGGCAGGCGACUUUGGAUCCAUCCGUGCAGGAUUCCUUGCGGUCGUGUUUGCGGUAUUCGCGCUCGGAGAGCGUGUCCUGGUCACGUCGCGUGCGUGGCAGCGCGAGCGUACCAAGCAGCGCAACAACGAGCCGGAAGGCGAGACGAUCCAACCGGGCGACGCCGAGGCCGGUGUCAUCUGGUUCGAGCGGAGUCAGGUCCUCCACUUCUCGUCAUACCGCGAGGUCGACCUGUACCAAGUGCAGUGCCUGACGCUGCAGUCUGCCUUCCAGUCUGCCGUCAACGACAUGCCCAUGAGCUGGCUGCUCGCGAGUCAGGCGCUGCGUGUCGCCCAGGACAUUGGAUUGCAUGUCUCGCUGCAGGUCAAGCAGCUCGGCGCGCGUGUGUGGUGGUCCGUCUACGGCCUUGAGCGCAUGAUCAGCAUUACGCUCGGCCGCCCCGUGUGCGUCGACGACCAGGACAUGGAUAUUUCGUACCCGCUCGCCGUUGACGACGAGACGCUGUUCAACCUCGGCGAGGCACUGACUGAGGAGGCGGGCAACCUGCCCGAGGAGCCGGCCGACUGCACCAUGUCGGGCUUUGUCGCGCUCACAAAGCUGGCCAAGAUCGCCGGCCGUGUCGCGCAGCUCCUGUACCGCCCGAACCACUCGCGCUCAGUUUCGGACCAGCAGUGGGCCGAGAACCAGCAGAAGACGAUCGACAAGCUCGACCGCCUCCUCCGGGACUGGUUACAGAACGAAGUGUACAAGGACGCCUCGUCGUCGCGACCGAUCUCGCUCAUGAGCGCGGCACUCAGCAAUGGCUACUUUGCCGUGCUCCUGACGCUGCACCGCAACUUGCUCCCGUCGAACCCGGCGUUCGCUCGCCCGCGCCCGAGCCCGUCGUCCCAGUCGCUCGCUCACUGCGUCGACGCCGCGCGUUCCGUGAUCCACGUUGCGACGCAGUCCCGCGUGCUCGUGCCCGUGUCGCACCACCUGGCCGUUUUCUGCCAGUACUUGUGGAGUUCGGCAGUGAUUCUGCUGCUGUGCGAGACUCGUGCCCGCGAGCAGAUCGUCAUCGACGCGGUCGGCGCGCACGUCGAGUCGUGCCACCAGGCGCUGCGUGCCCUCGAGCCUGUCUGGCCGGGAUGCCGGAAGCUGCGCCAGCUGCUGACCGAGGUCGAGGCGCAGGCGAAGCAGGUGCGUGCCGCUGCCGCGCGGCCAAAGAAGCGCCCGUCGUCCAAGGACCGUUCCAACUCGGCCAAGAAGGCUACGGGUGCCGCGCCCAACGCGCCCCAGGCCCAAAACUGGCAGCAGCCGCAGCAGGCCCCGCCCCUGACCGCGAACCAGGUGUACAGCCUCAGCCACGGCGGGGUCAACAACCCGGCCCUCGCCCCCGGACUCGACGGCACGUUCAACCUCUUCGACGUGGGCGACAUGAACUUUGACGGCCUCGAGAUGCUGAACGCGUUCACGAGCGACGCGUGGGCUGUGCCCGCGACGCAGUCUCCGCUGGAGGUGGGCAGCAACACGGGCCAAACGCCGACAUCGACGGGGCCCGCGGCGCCAGGCCAGACGCAGAGUGGCUCCAUGCCCGCCCCCUCUGCGCCAGUCAACGGCUCAGGCCUGGGGAGCAUGCUGAAUCCUUCCCCGGGUACGGCGUCGGGCCCCCGAUCCCGCGUCCUCGGCAGCGUCAGCAGCGACAGCAGCGCGCCCCUCGCCGGCCUCCCCUCCCCCAGUGCGGCCGCCACGGCGACUGCGAACUGGUUCACGGCCGGCUUGGGCCAGAACGCGGCGCCGAGCCCGGGACCCGCCCCGAAUGAACUGGCCGAGAUGUGGGCGCAGAUUGCCGGUAACUCGUUUGAUUGGGGCGCGGACCCGAAUGUGCCGUUUAACAUUUAG